AUGCUAAGGUACCAGGCCUCUUUUGCAUUGCCUCUUGGAAAGUUAGCUAUAGGGUGUAAAUGGGUGUAUAGGAUCAAGAAAAAUUCAGACAACACUGUUGCAAGGACUGCCACUUCUAUUACCAUUUUACUCAUCUAUAUUAAUGAUAUUCUUUUAACUGGUAGUGAUCCUGAGCAAAUGCAUUCCACCUUUGUCAUGAAGGAACUUGGUUUUAUCAACUACUUUCUUGGUAUACCAGUUACUUCCUUCCUUCUAGGCUAUUUCCUCUCUCAACACAAAUAUGUUUAUGAGAUUCUUGCCAAAGCUGGCAUGUUUGAUUGUAAACCGUAUUCCUCUUCAAUGGCUCUCAAGCAGGCUAAUUGUAUUGAUGAUGUGGUAUUUUCUAAUGCUACUCUCUACUGCAACAUUGUAGGUGCUCUUCAAUACUUAGCAAUCACAAGACUUGAUCUUGUAUUUGCAGUUAAGUAUGCUUGCCAAUUUAUGUAA